AUGUCGGGUAGACGUUUUGAACAGAUUUUAAGAUGUUUUAGUGUUGAAUAUUAUGACACAGAAAAAGUAAAUAGUACAAAUGAUCCAAUAAAAAAAAUUGAACCAAUUUUAAAAAAACUUAUAAAUAAUUUUCAACUAGCAUAUAUUCCAUAUGAAUGUCUAUCACUUGAUGAAUCGCUUUUACUACACCGUGGUCGCCUUUUAUUUCGACAAUAUAUGAGACUUAAAAAAGCACGGUAUGGUAUAAAGUUUUUCGAGCUCUGUACACCCGAUGGAUUUGUUCUAAACAUGGAGAUGUAUAAAGGAAAAAGAGAAGAAAUUCAAGUUGGUUCUACAUCAAAAAUAAAUAGUUUAGUUUUUCGUAUUUUGGAAGCUUUUCUUGAUAAAGGGCAUACAGUGUUUAUGGAUAAUUAUUAUAAUAGUAUAAGUCUUUCAAGAGAACUCCUAAAUCGAAAAACACAUACAACAGGAACACUGCGCAGUAACCGUAAAGGCAACCCAAAAUGUGUAACCACAAAAAAGUUAAAAUCUGGGGAAUAUAUUUGGCGUCGACAAGAAAACAUUUAUGUAUCUAAGUGGAAAGAUAAAAGGGAUGUAUUAGCGAUAACUACAAAGUACCAUCCACAGCUUUUAUCAUCCAAAAAUCGAUUCGGAAAUGAAAAAAAUAAACCAAAUGAAAUUAUUCAGUAUAAUAAUAAUAUGAGUGGUAUAGAUAGGUCAGACCAAAUGGUAAAAUAUUACAGCAGCCCACGAAAACAAUCACGAUGGUAUAAAAAAGUUUUAUUUCAUCUGUUAGAUAUUACAGUGUGGAAUAGUUUUUACCUAUACAAAAAACAUUUUGGCUGCAAUUCUAUGACUUUUAAAGAUUUUCGCGAUAUUUUAAUAAAAAAUAUGAUAAACCUUCCAAUAGAUGUAACAGCUAAUCAAAUUUUUAAUGCUCCAAAAUCAAAAGAUCCAAAAAACAAACGACCAAUGUCAGAAGAAGGACAACACUAUCAAGAAAAAAUCCCAUUACCUCCACUGUAUAAAAGAAAACAUUACUUCAAAAACUGCAAAAUGUGCACAAAAAAACACGUGAGGAAACAAACCCAGUAUCAAUGUAAAGCUUGUAAUGUUCCACUGUGUCCCGGUUCAUGUUUCGAAGACUUUCACAAAAAUAUGUCAUAA